AGUUCUCUCUCGCCGCCGAGGUAAACAUUGGCACACAUUGACAGGCGGUCAACUGGGUUGUUUUAAUAACAAUGCCGGCUGCAGAGGAGACAGUGAAGUCCAGUUGGGCAGAUGAAGUAGAAGAGGUUGAAGGGGGAAAUCUCCCACCUCCAGUAGAGAAGAAUGAUGGUACUUCGAAGACAAUUACGGAGUACAGCAUCAAUGAUGAAGGCAAGAAAGUCAAGAUUAUCAGCUCUUACCGCAUUGAAAAGCACCGUGUGGCCAGAACCAUUGCGGAGAGGAAGACUUGGCGCAAAUAUGGGCUGAGCAAGAACGACAAACCUGGACCAAACCCAGCCACUACAAUCACGGCUGAGGAUGUCUUCAUGCAUUUCCUAAGCAACAAAGAUGAGGAGCAGAAUGACCAAGAGGAGAUUAAGAAGAAAUUGCUGGACCAGCAGAAGGGCCAAGUGAAGUGCCGUCUCUGCAAGGAAGACCAUUGGACCAAGCAGUGCCCCUACAAGGACAAGCUGGAGCCCCUGCGGUCAUCCCUACUGGGAGAAGAAGCUGCAGAGGAAGAGACCCCAGCCCAGGCCACCCCAGCAGAGAAGCCCAAGAUCGGUGGUGUGACACAGGGCAAAUACAUCCCCCCCUCCAUGAGGGAUGGAGGUUCCAAGAAGGGAGAGUCUAUGAUGUCAUCUCGUGGCAGAGACGAGACUGCCACAGUGCGUGUAACAAACCUCUCGGAGAACACCAGAGAACAGGAUUUGCAGGAUCUGUUCCGCCCCUUCGGAGACAUCAGCCGUAUCUUCUUGGCCAAGGACAAGAAUACUGGCCAAUCCAAGGGCUUUGCUUUCAUCAAUUUCAAGAGACGGGAAGAUGCUGCUAAGGCUAUACAAGUUCUUAAUGGAUAUGGUUAUGACCAUCUGAUUCUGAGCGUUGAAUGGGCCAAACCUUCUGGUACCCAGUGAGACUAGCUAUGUCUUUAAAGGAUAUUCAAUGCUAUUAGGAAAAUGCUGUACCAUUAUUGGAAAUAUAACAUCUUUUGGUAUAUGA